AUGACAGAGGGAGUUUUGUUGACUAUUGAUGAGGGGGGAAAACCCAUAGUUGAAGGAGAUUUAGGGAACGAUGUCAUUGAUGGAAAAGACAGUGAUGGAAAGGUUGACAAGGUUGACUUGGAUGAUAGGGAUAAGGAAACUGAUGAAGAUAAGGGAGAUGAUGAUAAUUAUGAUGAAAAUGAUAGCGAUGAUGAGGAUGACUUGGAUGCUAAAUAUGAUACUGAUAAAUUAGAAUCUAAUAUAGCAAGUGAAGAAGAUGAUGAUUAUUAUGCACUUACUAUAGCACCAAUUAAUGGUAAAGAUAUAUCAAUAAAACCAGUUUCCAAGAGAUUUCAACCUCAUGAAAUGGGAAGAGAUUUUAAUUUUGAGGUUGGUAUGGAGUUUGAUUCAAUUAGUCAGUUUAAGGCAGUCAUCAAAGAAUAUGCAAACCUGCAUGGUUUUGGGGUGAAAUUCAAGAAAAAUGACAAUGUUAGAUGUAGGGUGAUUUGUCAAGAUGGUUGUCAAUGGGUGGCAUAUGUGAGUAAGGUUGGUGGAUCAACAACAUAUAGCAUGAAGACUUACAAUGAAAAGCACACAUGUGCCAGGUCUAGUGGUGGUAAAUUGGCAUCAAGCAAAUGGAUUGCAGAAAAAUUGAUAGAACCUUUGAAGUAUACCCCUAACAUGUCAAUUAAUGCAGUGAUUCAAAAAGUCAGUGAAAGAUACUAUGUAAAAAUAUCUAGUAAGAAGGCAUAUUGGGCAAGAAGGAUUGCAAAGGAAAAGGUGCAAGGAAAUUAUGCGAAGCAAUACAAUAAAUUGUGGGAUUAUGCUAAUGAAGUUAGAAGGUCUCAGCCCGAUUCAAUGUUGUUAUUAUUGACUGAGCCAUCUGCAUAUGGUAGUGGAGAAUUAUUUAUGCGAUUUUAUAUGUGUCAUGUUGUAAAGCAAGGAUUUCUGCAAGCAUGUAGGCCUAUUAUUGGUCUUGAUGAUUGUUUCUUAAAAACACCUUUUGGUGGUAUAUUGUUGGUGGCAAUGGGUCAAGAUCCCAAUGACCAGUAUUAUCCUCUUAACGUGGUUGUUGUUGAAAGCGAGAACAAAGACUCUUGGAAGUGGUUUCUACAAAACUUGUUAAAUGAUAUUGGUCAUGAGAAGAAGUGGGUCUUCAUUUUAGACCAACAGAAGGUCUCUAAGGAGGCACAUGAUUGGUUGAUGCAGCUUGACCUAAGAUUUUGGUCAAAGGCUCACAUGUCAGAGUACUCCAGGAAUGCAAUGGCAGCAAUGUUUGACCGUAGAUUGCUACCAUCUGACUCUGUUCAUCCAUAUUAUCAUGUGAAUACUUAUAUAAAUUGUUAUGCACCCAUUCUGGAACCAAUUAAUGGAGAAGAUAUGUGGCAGCAAACUGGACUCCCAACUGUCUUACCCCCUCAAGUUAGAGUCCCAAUUGGCAUACCAAAGAAGGCUAGGAGAAGAGAAAAUGAUGAAGCACCAAAACCUCAUAAGCUAAAGAGGACAAACACAUCUUUGAGGUGCAGUAGGUGUGGCACAUUUGGGCACAACAAAAGGGUGUCAAAACAUGACAAUCCCUAA